CUGACCUCCCAAGGCGCUGCUGCGCGGCCUGCGCCUUCUUGGAUCCACUGCCCUGUUGUUCGGCAAUGGCAGACAUGGCUCCUCCGCGGGUGCCACCGAUCUCACGAGGACAUUGCGGAACGUCAUCCGUAUGCUGGCGAUGCACGUCUUCAUUAUUAUAACGACGAUUGUUUUGUUAACUUUAUCGACAGACUGCACGAACUAUCUUUCAAGUGUGCGCGCUUUUUUCCAACUUUUAGCGUUGCAGCUAAUCGUUUGAAGAUGGCGCUGAUUAUAUUUAACGUUCUCAAUUCCCGACAGGACAAUUGACACUCGACAGUCAGUUCGGUAAUCACGACGCCGGUACUAGGUAUUCACGAUCACGAUACUAUGUUAGGUAGAUGGCACUGGCUCUUUGACUCAGUGGAUCUAAUUCUGCCGUCGACAAGCCAAUACGCAUGCGCGAUUGCACUGAUUAGGUGUAGGCGCGCUGCGCGCAUGCGCCAGUUUGGUAUCUUGUGAGCAUGGAGAUGGGAGUCUCCAUGUCUGUGUUAUAAAACAACUGCUUUAAGUUGUAUCACCUUGUACAUUGUAUACACACACCUAAAUUACAAAUGACUGUGAAAUAAAGAUUAUAGUAACACAUGAAAAUAUUGUUCUCGAGUUAUUCGUUGAACGUUAUCCUUUUGAAAUGUGGCCAGAUCCAUUCGAUCCAAAAAGAAGAAGGCUUAGUUUUAUGAAAGGGACGCCCGCAAACGUUUAUUCUUACCUUGUGCCCGCUGCUGGAGUAAUAGUCUUCGUAGGAUUGAUCAGUCUUCUCCCAUACCUGCCUUUUGUCUCAAGGAAAAUUGAAAAAAUUAAGCAGCGUAUUAUUGAAGACAUACCGUUACGAAACACUAAAGGUUUUGAAUUAGACCCAUAUGUUAGCAAGGCUCUUCAUACAAAAAGAACAGAACAUCUACCCGAUAAGUACAAAACAUGGUUGGACAUGAAUUAAUAUCCAUUGCCACAAUGCACAAAACUACAAAAUGCAAACUUAAUCUGCAAGGCAAGUUAAGCCUAAAAAGGAGCAGUAGUGACAGUGUACAAGGUAUUUCAAACUCAGGUACAGUUAUUAAUUUUGAAAAUAAGACUCCGCAAUCAACCAUACAUGUUAAUAAUCAAUCACUUCACAACAAAAAUUUCAAAUCCAAUUCUGAUAAUAACAAAGAAGAUAGUUUGGCUGAUUUCAAGUUACCAAAACAAGAACUGGUACAGGAGCCAAUUCUAAAUAGAUAUAAAUUAGAUGCUAGAAAAGCAACAACAAAAAUUGCAAUUUCAAAAACUAAAUCAGCUGUCAAAUCUAGAAAAAGUGAUGUAAAUCAGCCAUCGAUAAAAGCUACUUUGUUAAAAUCACAAACAUCUAAUCAAAAUCAAACUGAUCUUAAAGAAGCUAUCCCAUGUCCUGUAUGCUUAAAACUAUUCAAAGAUGAUACUGCAUGCACCAGCCAUAUGAAAAGUUGUGCAGCUAAAAACAAUGUUUCGAUUAAACAAUUGCUUGAAGCUAAAAGACUUCAGGAUCGUCAAGCACAAGAAAGAAAGGCAAUAGGGCUAAUUGCAGCUCCGAUUUUACCCGAAAAGAAGAAAGCAUUUCAAAGUAAAAAUUUUAGCACUAAGGAUGAUCCACAAUUGCAACUUGGAUUAGCUAUGUCAGAAUCUCUUCAUGAAGCUGAAAAAAUGAUAAAACUGAAGGAAGCUGCAUUUUUAGCAGGCAUUCCAAUGGAAUAUGUCACAGAAAUGAAUGAUGAAGAGCGGAAAAAAACAUUACAAAGCUUUGGUUUUACUACAAAUAAAUCAAUAGCUGAUAUUUCUACAAUUAAGCAAAGAAAAAAAAAAUUACUUGCUCCUACGGUUUUGCAAACUCGAUCGAAAGAAGAUAAAGAUCGUGUUUUAACUGAGAGAAUAGCUUGUAUUUUAACUGAUGAAGAUGCACUUACUCAAGCACGAGAAAAUACUGCAAUUAGUUAUAAACACGAAACGUUAACGUCAAUUACUAGUAAACUGCUGAAAAAAAUUGAGCAAACGGAUAAUAAGUUGUGGGAUCAAAGCAAAUUAACAAAGCGAUUUAAUAAAUUUUAUAUUGAAGAAAUAAAGUCCCAUUUUUUUAAGUUCAAGAGGCAAUCUGUUGAAUCUGAAAAUUACCAAUCACUUACAGAAGAAUGUGAAAAAGAAAAUACUUCUGUUGUAUAUGAAUCACCUAUGGACUGUGAUAUAAUUAUUAACAACCAAAACGUAGAACGAAACAAUAGUAAAUGUGAAAUAUUCAAUAUGAAUGAAUUAAAGAGAAAUGAUUUCGAAUUGGAAUUUGUGCAAAGUGUUAUUGACAAUUGGAAAGAAGCUCUAAAUGAUAGUUCAGUUAGCGAUGUUAUAAUUUUUGUUGAAAAUAAUAAGCAUAUCUACGCACAUAAAUUAGUCUUUCAUAUACAAUGCCCAAACAUCUUGCUUGAUAUACAGCCACUAGAUGCGGUAUUUAAUUCAUCAGUCAAGGAAAAGAUAGCUUGGCUUGAUAAAGAACAAAGUUCAGCAUUAGCAUUUUUAGAAUUUAUUUAUAGUGGAACUAUUAGCAAAUAUAUAAACAUUUUUUAUCAAGAAAAAUUAGUACAUCAAGUUGAACAGUUAGCUAGAUUAUAUAAGAAACAAAAUUUAUUCACUUAUAUAAGAAAAAAACAACAAGAAUUUAGAAAUCAAAGAAAACAUUCAGAGAUGUUAAAAGAUUUUAAUAAUGUGCAGGGAAAAAAGAAUACAAAUUGUAAUAAAUCUAUGCAUAAUAAACUUUCACAAAAAUAUGAUGACCUAAGGAAUAGUAAAAGUAUUUUUUCGGAAAAUCCAUUGAUUAAUAUUUAUUGCUCAGCUGAUAAAUUAGUAGCAAAAAAUAUAAUCCCUAAUAAUCUAACUGAUCAGUUAAUUGAAAGAGGAUGUGCAGCAUCUCCUGAUUUAUUUGAAUCAGAGGAAGAUGAAAAUAAUAGUUCAAGAAUAACAACAAUAUAUGAUUCAGAUUCAGAAAAUGUUCAGUCUACAAAUAAAAAUAUUAAAGAAGAUGAUGAACAAGAUUCCGAUGAAUCUGAACACCUAAACUCUCAAAAAACACUUGUGAAUUUGAGUAGGUCAGUCAGUCCUUUAGAGAAUAUACAUGAAGCAAUAACACCACCAUCAGGACAAUCUCCCAAAAUAGACAGCGAUCCACUCAAAUAUCAAAUUUUCAAUGAAGGAGAAAUUACUGAAGUACCCACACCUAAAUGUCAAUCUCCUGAAAAAGUUGUUGACAUAAAACAAGAAAUCAUUCAAAGUGAAGAUCUUGCCGCUGUAGUUACUCCAGAGUAUGUAGCUCUAACAGAACUCAGUACACCAAAAAAAUUAGUGUAUACUAAUAUUGCACUAAAUGACAUAAUGGCUCAAGGCAAUAACAAUGAAUCAAUCUACACUGCAGUUACUCCUCCAAGACUUCAAGAAGAAUCCGACAAAAUGAUUGACAGAAAUAUGCAUAAAAUCAAAAGUGAAUUGACAAUAUUUAUUGAAAAAGUGCAGCGAAGAAAUGCUAAGGAUAUUAUGGACACAGAUUCUGAAACAGAUAGUCCCGAUAUUCGAAUAAAACAUAAAAAUCCUUUCUUAAAAAAAGAUCAAGAUGAUUCUUAUGAAUAUUUACAAAACAAUAAAAAUAAACAGUAUCAAAAAGCAAUAAGUUUAAUAGAAAAAGAUUUAUUACAUGAACAAAAAUUGCAGCAAAAUCUUGAAAAUAUUGAAAUUCAUGAAAGUAUAGAAGACAAUUUAGAAAAUCUCAGGAAUGACAAUUCAGUGAAGAGUAAAUUUCAACAAGUAUCUUCCAGUAAUAGUUUAAUAUGUCCCUCUGCAAAUACAAAAGAAAAUAUAUCCCUAUUGAAUGAUGAAGUUGAGGAUAUAACAGCUACCGAGUUUGAAGAGUCCAUGUACACAAAGUAUAAAAAAUCCAAUAGAUAUGACAACAGUAUUGCUUUUUAUCGAAAGAAAUUGUGUUUCAAUGAACAACAAAUUUAUACAGACAAGAAAGCUUGGUCUAAAUCAAUUGUAAAAAAUGAUUUAAAAUACUUGGAAACCUCCAGAAGCACAGUCUCUCAAAGUACAACAGUAAAAAAGCCAAAGCCAAGAAUCAUUGAAGAUAUAACAUUAGUAUCUGAUUCUGAUGAAGAAAAAAGUCCUUUGAGAACUUUUCUCAGAGAUAAAAAUAAAAAGAAAUCUUCUAGAAAUAGCCCUGUUACGGAUAUAAGUAGUAAUAAAGAUUUACAAAUCGACACAGUAACCACAGCAUUAAAUACUGAAAAUAAUAAUACAUUUCCAUUGGAAUUUGUUAAUGAGUCAUUAGAUCCUAGCAAAAAUUCUAAAGUGUUCAACUCUACAGUAUUGAAGGAUGAAUCAAAAAAUAAAGUAAUCGAUUUAUCUAUGGAUUCCGAUGAGGAUAAUCUUCAUGUUAACAGCACUAUUCAAAAUAAUGAACUACUGGUCCAAUCAGAUAAAUCAACGAACAAAUCAAAGUCUUUUUUCACAGAGCUUCAAACGAGGAUAGACAAGCGUAGGGAGCUCGAAGAAGCUGAGAGGAAAAGUGAAGACAUUGAUGCAAAGAUCAGUGAAAUAUUACAACCAAGUCAACAGAUCACUAAUGUCGAUGUGAGUUCAAACAGUGAUCAAGGAAAUCUUAAUGUUGAAGAAGAAUUUGGUAAAGAUAAUAAUGUGGAUAUUAUAGCAUUUAGCUCUGAGCGUGAAAUAGUUGAUUUGAGUCUAAUAUCUAUUGUUUCUAGUCCAGAUGAUCUUCAUGAACUAGCUAAAAUUAAUUCUCAAAGAUUAAAGAACAACUAUAUCAAUAAUAAUAAGUGUAAUAUUUAUUCACAAAAUAGUGAAAGUAGCCAGGCAUUGAAAGAAAACGAUAAUUUUGAUUCGUUGGCGUACAGCGAUCAGUAUAUGAAAACUAAAGAAUCUGUGAGAAAUAUAAAGUUUCUUGAAAAAUCUUCUAGAGACACAGUAACUUUGAAUGGAGUAGAAUCGGAUUGUUUCAAUGGCUGUUCGCGUGUGACAGAUAAUAAAACAUCCUCCUUGAUAACUUCGCCAAUAUUAAGUCAAAAUAGACGUAGCUCAGGAGAAGCCGAAGUAGAAUCUUCAAAAAUCAUCGUCAAAUCAAAAAAUAAUUCAGGGGAUACAAGAAAAUUAAGAGUAAGAUCUGCGUCUGCGUCGACUUUAACAGGAAAAAUGGAGAAAACCAGCAGACUUGGAUUAAAGCGAUGUUCUUCGUUUGUUUCUCCAAAACAAAAUAAAAAAUCUUCAAAUAACCGUGAAUUUAUAACGUCACCAUUGGAUUACAGUUUAUCUUAUAUAGAUACGCCUAAUUUACAGAAAGAAUUGAAAAAGUUUGGAUUAAAGCCUCAAAGUAGAACAAAAGCCACAGCUUUAUUAACGCAUAUAUAUAAAGAAAUUCAUUCUCAACCUCUAGCACCGCAAAAAAGAACUUCGAAUAUGGACUCGUUAAGUGAAGAAUACGAGCCACCUGCCAAGAGAAGACAGUGCGACAAAAGAGCUACUAAAAACAUUGAUACUACAAACGAGCACUAUUCGAAGACAGGAAAAAGAUCCGACGAUUGCACAAUCAUCGCCGAGGAAAUGGAUUUUGAUGACCCAGAUGUGGCAAGCAUCUUUGAGAAUCCCGUAAGUAUCAAAGACGCCUUCUUCAAACUGAUAAAAACUAAUAGAGAAUUGUACAAUCAAGUUUUGACGUACGAACCACUUACGUUGGAGACUUUGCAUUCAAUGUUGAAGCAAAAUGGAUUCAAGUGUCAAUUUAAUAAUUUAAUGGAUUUUCUGGAUGAGCAAUGCAUAACGUUUCAAGUAAAGGCUAACAAAAGCAACUACAUAAAAAAAUAAUAUGUUGUGAGAGGUUCUUAACUUUUUUAAUUAGGUAGGGCUCCAACAUAUUGAUUCUUUAGCUCACAGAACAUAUUUUU